AUUACCACUUGCUAGCAAGUAGUUGAAGUACUCAAUUGAGGCUCAACCUUCCAUUUCCCUAUCCUCCACCACCUAUUUAUCAAGCCUCUUCUUCUAAUACUUCUUUUUCUUCUUGCGAUCUUCUUCUUCUUCUUCCAUUCUCUGAUAUUUCUAAUUAAGUAAUUAAAUAAGAGAGAGAAAUGGAGUCGGAGUCAAGUGGAAUCCUCCGGACAAGGUCAGAGCAGCUGGGAGAGAUGGAUGGUGGUGGUGGUGUCAAGCAGUUAAAGUCAUUAAGCCGCACUGCUUCGGCUGAAAUGAUCAAUGGAUCAGCCCAACACAUCAAUUAUAACAAGUCUAGUUUCAGGAAAAAACUGGCCAAUAUUUCUCCAGGGAAAAGCAGAUCAUCAGGUGCCGGCAACCACAUAAGGAAGUCCCGCAGUGCUCAGCUUAACUAUAAGCUGGACUUGGAGGACGUUAGCAGUGGCACUGCUCUGAGCCGAGCCUCCAGCGCCAGCCUCGGCAUGUCCUUCUCCUUCACUGGUUUCACUCCCCCUCCUCAGGACAUCCUCGCUCAUCUCGACAACUUCAGUGAUGAUGACACUUGUGCUGGAGAUCAUGCAAGUCAUGAAGCUGAUGAUGCCAGAAGGAAUAGGAUGAUCAUAGAACCAACCUUACCAUUAUAUCUCAAGUUUACAGAGGUGAAGUAUAAGGUGAUCAUCAAAGGAGUGACAAGCACAAGGGACAAAGAAAUCCUUCGUGGCAUCACUGGUUCAGCUGGUCCUGGAGAGGUUCUGGCUCUUAUGGGGCCCUCGGGAAGUGGUAAAACCACUCUCUUGAGCCUCUUAGGUGGGAGGAUCAGUGGAAACAUCACUGAAGGGAUCAUCACUUAUAAUGACGAGUCUUAUUCCAAGUCCCUCAAAAGCAGAAUCGGAUUUGUGACUCAAGAUGAUGUUCUGUUUGCGCAUCUGACGGUGAAGGAGACUCUAACUUAUGCCGCUCUACUCCGACUCCCAAAGACAAUGACCAAACAACAGAAGAAAGACAGGGCCAUUGACGUCAUCUAUGAGCUUGGUCUUGAAAGGUGCCAGGACACCAUGAUUGGAGGAUCAUUUGUGAGAGGAGUUUCAGGUGGUGAGAGGAAGAGGGUGUGCAUUGGCAAUGAGAUUUUAACCAAUCCAUCUCUUUUGUUUCUUGAUGAGCCAACAUCUGGGCUGGACUCCACAACAGCCCUCAGAAUUGUUCAGAUAUUACAUGAUAUAGCUGCGGCUGGUAAGACAGUGGUGACAACAAUUCAUCAGCCGUCAAGCAGAAUUUUCCACAAAUUCGAUAAACUAAUCCUGCUCGCUAAGGGGAGUUUGCUCUACUAUGGAAAGGCAUCAGAAGCAAUGGUCUACUUUUCAUCCAUUGGAUGCAAUCCUCUCAUAUCAAUGAAUCCAGCAGAAUUCCUGCUCGAUCUGGCAAACAACAACAUGAUUGACGUGUCGAUACCAUCUGAAUUAAAAGAUAGAGUGCACAUGGAGAACUUGAAAAGUGAUCCAAGAUCAAUUGAUAGGCUAUCUUCAAAGGACGUACAUGAGUACCUUGUGGAAGCCUAUGAGACCCGGGUGGCCUGCAAAGAGAAGAAAAAGCUCUUAUUGCCAAUUCCUAUCAACGAGGAUGUCAAAGCAAGGGUGUCAUCACCAAUGAGGGAAUGGGGAGCUAGCUGGUGGCAACAAUACACCAUUCUAUUCUGGAGAGGACUCAAGGAAAGAAGGUAUGAUCAUCUGAGUUGGAUGAGAAUAACUCAAGUUAUCGCUACGGCAGCCAUCCUUGGCUUGCUUUGGUGGCACUCUGACAGUUCUACACCAAAAGGUCUGCAAGAUCAGGUAGGACUGUUGUUCUUCAUCUCUGUAUUCUGGGGCUUCUUCCCUGUUUUCACGGCCAUCUUCACAUUCCCUCAAGAGCGAGCGAUGUUGAGCAAGGAGCGGUGUGUUGAUAUGUAUAGAUUGAGUGCAUACUUCAUGGCAAGGACAACAAGUGAUUUACCAUUAGACCUCAUUCUGCCAAUACUCUUCAUGCUCAUUGUCUAUUUCAUGGCCGGCUUGAAACUAAGUCCAGGACCAUUCUUUCUUAGCUUGGUUAUUGUGUUCCUUGACAUCAUUGCAGCUGAGGGGGUUGGAUUGGUUAUAGGAGCUUCUCUGAUGGACAUAAAGAAGGCAACAACUCUGGCUUCAGUAACAGUCAUGACUUUUAUGUUAUCCGGUGGAUUCUUCGUUAAAAGAGUUCCUGUGUUCAUAUCAUGGAUGAGGUACAUCUCAUUCAACUAUCACACGUACAGGCUGCUGCUGAAGGUGCAAUACGGUCAUGUACCAGCCUAUGUGAAUGUCAUUGAUCAGGGGCAUGGUGUGCGUGAAGUUGUUGCUAUGAUUGCCAUGAUUUUUGGAUACCGACUUUUGGCCUAUAUGUCAUUGAGGAGGAUGAAGCUCCAAGCUGCUGCCUGAGUCCUGAGUCCUGAGUCCUGAGUCCUGACCCAACAAAUGAUAUACAUAUAUAAAUAAUAAAUGUGUUUGCUUUUUCGUUUGUAUAGAGGUGCAUGGUAUCUUAUAUCUUUAUUUGGGCUAGCUUUUGACUGAUCAGGGAAUUAUAAAGGAGUUUACUUCUCCCCUGUCAGCAUAGCUUAGCGACCUAUAAUUUGUUUUUCUUUGGGUAAUAAAUUAGAGAGACGAGUGUUGAUGAUAAGCUGGUCCUCUAGCAGAGUGUACAUCAUUUUUCUUCCCAAAGUGUUUGUUCAGUGAAGCUUUUGAUAAACAUGCUUGUCUACAA